AUGUUGGCGUCCUUAAAAAUGAGUUUCGUAGAACGAAUUCAACGUAUCGUGUUUCUCAGUUUAAUUUCAUCGAUGGUUUGUGCAAUCGUUGGGCAACAGUGCUUCGACGAUGGCAAUGAAUUUUGUAUCGACGAAAACGACAUAUUAUCGGUGGAUCUCCUGCCUGGAUCAUUCUUGUUUCCAGAUCAGCAAGCGGCGAAAAAUACAUCAACUGCCUCCGAAGAUAAAGUUGUCGAUGGAUCUAUUAACGACGCAUUAAGUAACAUGGGUUAUCACAGGAAAAAGAUGAAUGAAUAUUUAUGUCACGGUUACAUGGCUACGGAAAUUGUGAAGUUGAUGAGUACACCCAGAGUUAAAAGGCGACUCGGCAGUUCAGAUAAUAAUGAAUUUCGUAACUUAGCGGAUGAUGAUAAUGUCACUGUUCAUGACAAACUCCUGGCAGAUGAAGGAAGCUUGAAAUACAAAAAUUGGCUACAACGUAGGACGACGUUGGAUGAUGUGUAUCGACAUUACAUACCACGUAAGAAAAUGAGUACAAUGCAAGGAUCUAAGGAUGAUAACCUCGAAGAAUUUGAUGGUGAAGUUACGGGUUAUGCGAUGCAGGCGCCAUUGCCAUCUGGCAAAGUAGGCUACUACGAGGAGCCAAGUGAAGACGAUGAUCACAUGAUUUCGUCCUCUUCUGGACACAAUAUUUAUUAUGGUCACUCUUAUGGUCACGGAAACGAACCGUACCUACACCACAGCGAAGUUUAUCCCGCUAUACACGAAGAACAUUAUUAUCCAACAACUCAUUAUCAUGAACACGAGGAAGAGUAUCACAAACCAUAUUAUUAUAAAGGGAAAGGAGGCGAUCUUUCAGUAAAGGAUUUCUUUGAAAUUGCGCUUACUGCUUUAGCGUUUCUAGCGUUCGGAUUAUUUCUUAUCCAAUUGUUGAUGAACGCUAUGAACUCUAUGAAUACGACUAUGCCUACAGUAGUAACAACCGCUAGACGCUCUAAGAGAAAUAUCGCGGGUUUACCGUUAUAUUAUAAGAGCAACGAGGAAUUGAAUGAAUUAUCUUACAGCGUUCUGAGAUCAAUUGAAGGCGCUCUUGUCGCUGAUUUCGAUUCUGGUAACUGUCUUCGCAGAAUUUUAUGCGAGAACAAUCAUCACUCUACACAAACCAAGGAUGCUCGUAAAAUUUGGGUUCCUGUUUGGAGCUUAGGAAUGAGUUGGGCGUCUGGCAGAGUAAUGAAAGGAUCGCCGUGGUCGUCAAUGUUGGAUUCUCUAAAAGCCUCUAUCCUGGGUUUGGGCAGAGUAGACUGUGCUUCCUUGUAUCCUGAUUGCAAUCUUAAGAGGGAAAAGAUUAAAAGGAUUCGAAGACGCCGAAGAUAA